AUGUUCAAUCCGCACAACACAUUAUCGAUCUUCACAACCCAUCCUCUGUCUCCACAACUCAUCCCCCGCCUUCACAUCCCAUCCUCUGUCUCCACAACUCAUCCCCCGCCUUCACAACCGAUCCUCUGUCUCAACAACCCAUCCUCUGUCUCCACAACUUAUCCCCCGCCUUCACAUCCCAUCCUCUGUCUCAACAACCCAUCCUCUGUCUCCACAACUCAUCCCCCGCCUUCACAACCCAUCCUCUGUCUCAACAACUCAUCCCCCGUCUUCACAACCCAUCCUCUGUCCCAACAACUCAUCCCCCGCCUUCACAACCCAUCCUCUGUCUCAACAACUCAUCCCCCGCCUUCACAACCCAUCCUCUGUCUCAACAACCCAUCCUCUGUCUCAACAACUCAUCCCCCGUCUUCACAACCCAUCCUCUGUCCCAACAACUCAUCCCCCGCCUUCACAACCCAUCCUCUGUCUCAACAACUCAUCCCCCGCCUUCACAACCCAUCCUCUGUCUCAACAACCCAUCCUCUGUCUCAACAACUCAUCCCCCGUCUUCACAACCCAUCCUCUGUCUCAACAACUCAUCCCCCGCCUUCACAACCCAUCCUCUGUCUCAACAACCCAUCCUCUGUCUCCACAACUCAUCCCCCGCCUUCACAUCCCAUCCUCUGUCUCCACAACUCAUCCCCCGCCUUCACAACCCAUCCUCUGUCUCAACAACUCAUCUGUCUCAACAACUCAUCCCCCGUCUUCACAACCCAUCCUCUGUCUCAACAACUCAUCCCCCGCCUUCACAACCCAUCCUCUGUCUCCACAACUCAUCCCCCGCCUUCACAACCCAUCCUCUGUCUCAACAACUCAUCCCCCGUCUUCACAACCCAUCCUCUGUCUCAACAACUCAUCCCCUGUCUUCACAACCCAUCCUCUGUCUCAACAACUCAUCCACCGCCUUCACAACCCAUCCUCUGUCUCAACAACUCAUCCCCCGCCUUCACAUCCCAUCCUCUGUCUCAACAACUCAUCCCCCGUCUUCACAACCUAUCCCCCGUCUUCACAACCUAUCCCCCGCCUUCACAACCUAUCCCCCGUCUUCACAACCUAUCCCCCGUCUCCACAAUUCACCCCCGUCUUCACAACCCACCCCCCGUCUUCACAACCUAUCGCCCGUCUUCACAACCCAUCCCCCGUCUUCACAACCUAGCCCCGCCUUCACAACCUAUUCCCCGUCUUCACGACUUAUCCUCAGUCUUCUUAACCCAUCCUCUAUCUCCACAACUCAUCCCCCGUCUUCACAACCUAUCCCCCGUCUCCACAACCCACCCCCGUCUUCACAACCUAUCGCCCGUCUCCACAACCCAUCCCCUGUCUUCACAACCUGUCCCCGCCUUCACAACCUAUCCCCCGUCUUCACACCCUACCCUCCGUCUUCACAGCCCAUCCUCCGUCUUCACGACCCAUCCUCUGUCUCCACAACUCAUCCCCCGCAUCACAUACCAUCCUCUGUCUCAACAACUCAUCCCCCGUCUUCACAACCCAUCCCCCGUCUUCACAACUCAUCCCCCGUCUUCACAACCCAUCCCCCGCCGUCACAACCCAUCCCCCGUCUUCACAACCCAUCUCCCGUCUUCACAACUCAUCCCCCGUCUUCACAACCCAUCCCCCGCCUUCACAACCAAUCCCCCGUCUUCACAACUCAUCCCCCCUUUACAACUCAUCCCCCGUCUUCACAGCCCAUCUUCCGUCUUCACAGCCCAUCCCCCGUCUUCACAACCCAUCCCCCGUCUUCACAACCCAUCCCCCGUCUUCACAGCCCAUCCCCCGUCUUCACAACCCAUCCCCCGUCUUCACAACCCAUCCCCCGUCUUCACAACCCAUCCCCCGUCUUCACAGCCCAUCCCCCGUCUUCACAACCCAUCCCCCGCCUUCACAACCCAUCACCCGCCUUCAUAA